AUGUCUUUGCUCCACCGGGCUUCCCCCUCUGGGGUUGUCGCCGCGGUAGCUGCCAGAGCGAACCUGUGGAGCCGCAGCCUGGCAGCCCCGGGGAGCCCGUUAUUUCAAAGGAAUUCAUGCAACCAGUCUGGAGUAUCAGUGUCGUUAUCAAAGGAACAGAAGGCAUGUUUGCAAAGUGGACCUGAUUUGCAGGACUUUGUAUCUGGGGAACUUUCAGACAAGACAAAUUGGGCAAAAUAUAAAGGCAAUCUAAAGCGUCAGAAAGGAGAAAGACUGCGGCUUCCUCCAUGGCUGAAAACCCAGAUCCCAAUUGGAAAGAAUUACAACAAAUUGAAGACUACACUGCGAAAUUUAAAUCUCCAUACGGUAUGUGAGGAAGCCCGUUGUCCAAAUAUCGGGGAGUGCUGGGGAGGAGGAGAGUAUGCUACUGCUACAGCAACUAUAAUGCUAAUGGGAGAUACGUGUACAAGAGGUUGUCGGUUCUGCUCAGUCAAGACAGCCAAAAGUCCACCUCCAUUAGAUCCUGAGGAGCCAUAUAACACAGCAAGAGCAAUAGCUGAAUGGGGUCUGGAUUAUGUUGUGCUGACUUCUGUGGAUAGGGAUGAUAUUCCUGAUGGUGGAGCAGCACACUUUGCAAAAACAGUAUCACACUUAAAAGAAAGGAAUCCAAAAAUUCUAGUGGAAUGUUUAACCCCUGAUUUUCGAGGAGACCUUAAGGCUGUGGAGAAAGUUGCUGCGUCAGGGCUAGAUGUAUACGCCCACAAUGUGGAGACAGUUCCAGAUUUACAGAGACUAGUUCGAGAUCCUCGGGCCAACUUUGACCAAUCCCUGAAUGUUUUGAAGCAUGCUAAGAAGGUGCAACCUGAUGUCAUUUCCAAAACAUCCAUCAUGCUGGGCCUGGGUGAAACAGACAAACAAGUACUGGCCACCUUGAAAUUAUUACGGGAAGCAGAUGUGGACUGUCUGACCUUAGGACAAUACAUGCAACCCACAAAACGUCACUUAAAGGUAGAAGAAUACAUUACACCUGAGAAGUUUAAAUACUGGGAGAAAGUAGGAAACGACCUUGGAUUUCAUUACACUGCCAGUGGGCCUCUUGUACGCUCUUCAUACAAAGCAGGUGAAUUUUUCUUGAAAAACUUAGUAGAGAAGAGGAAGACAAAAGUGAUCUAAAACAGCAGCUACCUGGAAGAAGUGCAAGUAC